AUGGAGAAACUUCGUGAUGAAGUUAAUAAAUUUCUUGGGAAAGAUAACAGAUCACCUUAUCUUAAAAUGAGGCAGUCAAGCCUUUUCCGCAAAGUAGAAAGAUGUAUUAUAGAUGAAUCUAUAAAGGUAGAUAAUUCAUAUACCUUACAUCAAAUUAUAGAGAAUGUUCUUAUGGAAACUGUAAAGGAUAUUUCUCAGACUAAUUUUAAUAAAAUAAUUAAAACUGCUGUAUAG